AUGCUCCAGAGACUGGGAUACACAGCGCUGUUAAGGGCGGCGGGGCCUCUAAAGCCUGAAAUUCGCCUAGCGCAAGCGGUCUCGCUUUUCGAGGCAGACCUUUCCCCCGAGCAGAAACGUACCUUUCGCAGCCGGAGAGACAAUUCGCUCAAGUCCCCGCCAGACAUCCAGGAUGUCAUGCACCUCACCGCCGAGAUUGAUCGCCAUAGACUCGGCUCUGGGCCAUGUUUGGGACCUCGUUUGACCAAUAUGCUGCAGGCUAUCCAGCAAUUCGCAGCACUCGGGGACAUCGUAAUCGGCGGAGCCCAGAACAUUAUUGCGUCGGGUGUGUGGACGCUUUCCCUGGUGAAUUUCUCAUCCUGCCUCGAGAAGAUGUCGACUCUUUUCAUGAUCGUUGGUCGCUCGGCUCCCCGAUACGAAAGCAUGGCCUUGCUCUAUCCUCGAUCGAGGACUCUGCAAUCACAUUUAUCCGAAUAUUUCAUCGUGGUGGUUCGUCUCUGUCACCAGAUGCUCAAAUUCACAAGGAAAUCGGUCUGGGGUCAGCUGGCCUCUUUUCUAAGUGACUCCGAUAUGAAUGGCUACCAGUCGGAGCUCGACCGAUGGGCCAAUAUGAUCAAGGAGGAGGUGAGCCUGCUGACGGCCCAGAAUAUCAAGGAGCAAGGCGCACACCUCAAAGUGUUGUCGAAGUUCUCUGCAGCCGAAUCGCACCGUCAGAAGCUGAAGGCACAUGUGCGCGUCCUAAACUAUUGUUCCACCUACGAUUACCAGACGACGUGGAAGGAGAUUCGGAAGAUCGGGAAAUCGACUCUAUUGGAGAAGGCCCCCGAAUAUCAGCAAUGGAAAGCGGAAACAGACUCACAAACGCUAGUUUGCACAGGCAAGCUUGGCACCAUUACGAUUCCUGAAGAUAAUUCCGACAUCGGUACCUUCAUCACUACAGAGCUGGGGAGGCGUAUGGAAUGUACGGGUUCUACGAAACUGAACAUCGGGGACCCCAUGCUUAUACUUGAAAUACGGGAUGCCCUCCUUCGAGGUGCGCAGGGAAUGUUCCUCUGGGUCUCUCUCCAAAUUGAGUCCCUGUGCGCGGAGGAAACAGACGAGGCCGUUCGCCAGGCUCUGGCGAAUCUUCCCAAGGACCUCCCGACAACAUUUUACCGUAUUCUGCAGAAGUGGGAGGGCCAAGGGAAGAAGUACCAAACGCGCAUCUUUGAGCUUGUUUUGGCGGCUCGUCAGCCGUUAACUACGGAAGCCCUUCGCGAAGCUUUAAGUGUGGUCCCCGGCGAUGCUGUCUGGCGCCCAGCGAGCCUUCUGAAUGACGUAUAUUCAGUGCUGUCUUACUGUGGCAGCCUCAUUAUCGUCGACGAGGAAGAGUUGACUGUAAGAUUGAUGCAUCAUAGUGUCAAGCAAUUCCUUCUUGGCGAGUUCAAGGAUGCAAGCGGUGUCGGAUUCACGAUGGAGAGAGUAAAUAAAACCAUGGCAAGCGUCAUCGUUACGUACCUCAGCUAUGGCGUUUUUGACACUCAGGUCUCUACCAUGGUGGUUCCGCAAGUAAUGAUGGGGAUGGGGGGUGCGCCGUCUCGGAUUAUUCAUUCCACAACGGAAACAUCAGGUUUUGUCCGGGAUCUAGCUCUAAAGCUUCUGAAGUCUCGAGGUCAGGCCAAUUACAAUAUGGCGGUGGAGGAGGGCCAUGAUGAAAUCGUCAGGCUGCUAGUCGAGAAGGGUGCUGACGUAGAGACCACAGGCAGCUCCGGCCAGACUCUGCUGGCCACUGCCGUCGCGGGCGGGCGUGAGGCCAUCGUUAGGCUACUUCUCGCUACGGGCCGGAUCGAUGUCAACUCGCGGAACCAUUCUGGCCAGACGGCCCUCUGGAUAGCAGCUGAAAGGGGUCAUACAACUAUUGUCGGGCUGCUUCUCAAUGCUAGUUUUGGUGCUAGACUUGUUGACUCUGGAGACGGCUACCAUCACACGACGGCAUCGUCAUUUGCAGUUGAUAAAAGACUCGAGGCCCUAAACGUACUGGUCCCCAGGGGCCCAAUCCUUGUCAACUUCCGGGAUUCCUGUGGCCGGACGCCUCUCUGGCUAGCGGCUAGCAGAGGGUAUACAGCUAUUGCCGAGCUGUUACUGAAUAGAAUCGACGUCGAUGUUGACUCUGCAGAUGAAUACUACUGCAUGACGCCACUGUCAGUCGCUGCUCUGAAUGGACACAAGGCGAUAGUCGAACUACUGCUUGAUACGUUCGGGGUUGAUGUCAACUCGCGGAAUUAUUUCCAGCAGACGCCUCUAUCAGUAGCAGCCGAGAUGGGCCACACGGAUAUCGUCGAGCUGUUGCUGCAGAUGCUCCACGCCGUCGAUUUUAGCUCUUCAGGAGAAUCCCGCAUGACGCCAUUAUCCUAUGCGGCUAAGAAUGGUCGUGAGGCUAUCGUCAAGCUACUACUUGAUACUGGCAGGGUGAAUAUUAACUGGAGGGAUUCUUCUACCUGGAUCCCAUUAUAUUGGGCGGCUAAGAAUGGGCAUAAAUCUAUUUUCAAGUUAUUGCUCGCUUCGGACCAAACCGAGUUUGAUCUUACUCCGGAAGAUGGUGUGUACGGGCAAACGAUAUUAGUAUGGGCUGUUCGGGCUGGAUACUGGGAUGCCGUCGAAGAACUGCUGGCAACGGGCACACUCGACCUCGCUUGGGGAGGGAGCGGGAAUAAGCAGACGCUGCUGCCCUGGGCUGCUGAGAAUGGGGAUGAGUACAUUGUGAAGGUGGUGCUCGGAACAGGCAGAGCCGAUGUCAACGCGACGACUUUCCUUGGGUGGACACCACUAUUAUGCGCAGUCAUAAAGGGACACGAGGCUGUCGUCCGGCUACUACUCACCAAAAAGACGGUCGAUAUUAACUCGAAGGAUCGUUUCGGCCGGACGCCACUCUGGUGGGCCGCUUCAGGAGGACACGAGGGGAUUGUCAAGCUACUUCUCUCGUCAGAUAGAGAUGUCGACGUCAAUUCUCCAAACCCCGAUCGCCAGUCGCCACUGUGGUGGGCCGCUGCGAAGGGAUACGAGGGUAUCGUCAAGUUGCUGCUGAGAACGGGCCGCGUUGACGUGGAUGCGAGGGACAGUCUCCUUCAGCGGACGCCACUACUGUGCGCUGCUGUGAAGGGAUAUGCGAGCAUCGCUAAGCUACUGCUCGAUACAGGCAAGGUUGACGUUAACGCAAGGGAUGCCGAGAACCGGACGCCAUUGUUGUGGGCCGCCGAGAACGGGCACUUUAGCAUGAUCAAGCUGCUGCUGUCCGUCCCCGAGAUCAACAUUAAUGUUACAGAUACUUAUAACCGGACACCACUUUGGUGGGCUGCUGAGAAUGGGUAUGAGUACGUUGUUAGGCUCCUUAUGGCUCUGGGUAAGGACCGCCAAGUUGAUGUCGGGACAAUGGAUUCUAUAUUCCGCCAGACUCCAGCGUCACGCGCCGCUAAGAAAGGCCACGACACGAUUGUUUAUUUACUCUUACGGCGCAAUUACUAG